AUGCUCAGAUAUAGGUCUUUGCCAAUCAAGAGAGUAAUUCCUCAUCCGGCACCUGGAAUUGCUCUAAUUUCUUCUCGUUCUAUGAUAAUGAGAUCGAGAGUAAUACCGUUGCUGAAUCCAAAAUUCAGCCGUUGUAACUCUUCAGCGUCUGAAAACUCAAAAAAAGAGCUAAAGACGACAAACGGCAGCCAGGAAAGCACGACUAAGGUCUCUCCAGUAAAAGAGAAGGAAAAAUUACCAUUUAAGGUUAAGAUGCAAAAUGCCCUUCGUCAUUAUUGGGAUGGUUCCAAACUUUUGGGAUUAGAGAUAAAAAUUUCUUCCAAAUUGCUAAUGAAGAGUGCUGCAGGAUACCCAUUGACAAGAAGAGAAAACUUGCAAUUGAAAAGAACCACCCAAGAUAUCGUCCGGUUAGUUCCAUUUGCUGCUUUCCUCAUUAUCCCGUUUGCGGAACUUCUUCUUCCAUUUGCACUAAAGUUAUUUCCCAAUUUACUUCCUUCUACUUAUGAAUCAAGUAAAAAACGCGAGAAUAAGCUGGAAAAUUUAAGAAACACAAGAAAGUUAAUGUCUGAAAUCAUUAAGAAUAACAAGUCCCAUUUUAAGCCUAACAAUAUUUCCGAGGAACAAAAGGCUUUGUUCAACAGGUUUUACACGCAUGUGCGUGCUACGGGAGUACCGGAAUCUCGUCAACAGCUGAUCGAAGUAGCAAGACUAUUCACAGAUGAUACCGUAUUAGAUAAUGUAACAAGACCUUACUUAAUUGCAUUGGCGAAGUAUAUGAACUUGCAACCAUUCGGCACGGACGUGAUGUUACGUUACCGUAUCAGAUACAAAAUGCUCGAAUUAAAAAAAGACGAUCUAUCUAUAUAUUACGAAGAUGCAGAACAACUCUCCCUUUCUGAACUGAAAACAGCAUGUGCCUCCAGGGGUAUUAGAAGCGUCGAUGUUGAACCCAGCGUGUUAUAUUCGAAUCUGAGAUUGUGGCUGAACAUGAGGCUUAAGGACAAGAUCCCAUCCACGUUAUUAAUUAUGGCUACUGCCUAUAACUACGGUAAUGUCCAAUCAAAGGAGUCGUUGUACGACGCAUUAUGUGAUGUCCUAAUCGGUAUCCCUGAUGAACUGUACCAUGAGGUUAAAGUAAACGUCGUUAAAGAAGAUGAAGCAUCUGCUAAACAAAAAUUGAAACAAUUGAGGGAGCAAGAAGAAAUCAUGAAGGAAGAAGAGCAGCAAGAAGAAAACGCCAUUGUGAGUGUUAAGGAUGAGCUGAGCUUGGACGACCAAGACAAGAACAUAGAUGCAGCCGCUCCAGAUGUAAAACCGCAAGGCACCAAAUUUAUUGAAGGAACUGCUGCCAUCAAAGAGAAGUAA